GACUGCAGGAAGCACACUUGGUUGAAUGACCAUUAAAGCAGCAAUCAGCGGUAAAUGUGUUAUGAUGCCACGCUCAAAACACACACCGAGAGGAUUGUCCGAGGCUGCGGGAACACGACACCUCUCCACCGGGUAGAAACGGAGUGAAACGCGGCACGGCUGCUGCGGACUGUCUGUGCGCCAAGGAGUCUGGCUACAAAUCAAACCAGGAGUCGCUCUCUGGGGAUUUGGGCAGUGAUGGACAGCUGUUGGGACAUUGCUUCGGGGCAGAGGUUGGCGAUAAAUUGACCGUGCAUUAACACAGGCUGCAACAUGGAGCAUGGAGCUGUUUUCUGCAGGACGAGCAGCGGCUGACUUUCCCCUCCGAUCAGGAUCGUGAUGAUGCUUUUUAUGGUGAGAGGCUCCCCCCUCCGUCCAGCCUGCAUGUUAGGACAGUGCAGGUGCAUCGAGACUUGACGGGACCAGCAACCAUGGGAUUCACCUUUUUUAUUUCCCUCCGUCUUUUUGUAUGGCCGCAAAGCCUUUCUAUGCGGGAAACAUGUCCGCAGAUACAGGGUUCACAGCGUAAUUGAUGGUGUUGCGCCAUGAUCUCUGGGGGACUAUCUGAGUUGUGUAAUGGUUUUAUUUCCUCUAUAGGCUACAGCGCGCUCUGACGUGCAACCCCUCCAUGGAUGGUGGUUAAUUGGGCCCAAUGAUGUAGAGCCAAAUCCACCUGGAGUGGCUCCCCUGUGUUUCUACGCAUGUUCAAUUGUUUUUUUUAAUUAAUUCCCAGAGCUUUUCAGCACUAUUGCUUUGGAUAAUCUCAUCUAGUUUGGAUUUUUAGAUGAAAAUGAGAGAUUAAAUGAAGGCAACAACUAUGGAAAAUCCAACGUUUGAAAGAUUUAUAAUCUUUGGAACUUAAUCGUUUCCUGACAUUCAGCAACUUUAUUCCCCGCAGCAUUUAUUUAUAGAGGCACAUUUCUGUCUGUUGCCUCCUUUUUAUCCACCAUGUCUAGAUCAAACAGUGUCAGCCCACCCGGCGUCGGUGCCCCCGGGUUGAGGGGAGGGACCGAGCACAGAUCAGCUUGGGGAGAGUCUGAGUCCGUGGCCAACGGGUGCCCAUACUCAGCCAGAUCCCCGCGCAAGAAGCUCACCCGGACCAACAGUCGGUGGAGGGAGGAGGAUGACCUGGAGCACCGGCAGCCCGGCGGGCGAGCCACCACCACCACCGUCAGUAGGGUCAGCUUCAGGUCCAGGUCCGCUUGGCAGGACCAUGGCGAGGACAAAAACCGUGCGUCGUCCCCUAAGCGUCCAGACGGCGAGGUGAGACCCAAGUCUGUGGAGUUAGGACUGGAUGAGCGCAGGGCCAAGGCGAGGAGCGACGAGGAGGAGGUCAUGCCCGAAGUAAACUUUUCCUUAGUGGCGUGCUGCACCAGCGUUAUGCACAUUUUCAAAUCCAAGAAGUUCCAGUCGGAGAAGUUGGAGCGGCUCUACCAGCGCUACUUUUUCCGGCUGAACCAGAGCAGCUUGACGAUGCUCAUGUCGGUGCUGGUGCUGGUGUUCACGGUCAUGCUGAGCUUCCACUGCUCCGGUGGCCCAGAGAAGCCCAGCGUGACGUUCGCGGUGGUGUUUCCCGUGGCCAUCUUCCUCACCCUGGUUCUCAUGGUGGUGUGCAACAGGAACGCGUUUCACCAGGACCACAUGUGGAUCGUGUGCUACGUGGUCAUCCUGCUGGUGAUGGUGAUCCAGGUGAUCGGAGUGCUGUUCGUUCGGCCCAGAAGUGCGUCGGAGGGCAUCUGGUGGACCGUGUUCUUCAUCCAUGUCAUCUACACGCUGCUGCCCGUCAGGAUGCGCGCAGCAGUCGUCACUGGAGCUAUUCUUUCUGCCAUUCACGUGGCUGUUUCUUGGAUGUUAAACGACAUUGACAGCUUUCUCUGGAAACAGAUAGUGUCCAACGUGCUGAUCUUCUCGUGCACCAACAUCGUGGGGGUCUGCACUCAUUACCCCGCUGAGGGGUCUCAGCGACAGGCCUUCCAGGAGACCAGGGAGUGCAUCCAGGCCCGCCUGCACUCCCAGAGAGAGAACCAGCAGCAGGAACGCCUUCUGCUCUCAGUGCUUCCCCGCCAUGUCGCCAUGGAGAUGAAAGCCGACAUAAACGCCAAGCAGGAGGACAUGAUGUUUCACAAGAUCUACAUCCAGAAGCACGACAACGUGAG